AAAACACAUCACGUACCCUCCCUCUCUGCGUCAGGUCAAGGUUCUCAAGAGAAGGAUUUGGAAAAUAUGAGCCGGAGAACAAGCGAAACUAUUCGUCAAAUUCAGGGUGUCCCAUUUCCAGAGCGGAUAGUCAAGUACUGGACAAGAGUGGAGCAGUUCCAGGCGUCAGAGGAGGAUUUGCUCAUUGCCACUUAUCCUAAAUCAGGGACUACAUGGAUACAGGAAGUCGUGGAUCUAAUUCUGAAUGAUGGAGAUGUGGACAAGUGUAAGCGCGCCCCCACUCAGGUGCGCAUGCCGUUUUUAGAGAUGACCGCAGCAGAUGGUUCAAACGCAGGUAUAACUAAGCUGGAGACUAUGGAUCCCCCUCGUGUUAUCAAAACUCAUCUUCCCAUCCAACUUUUGCCUCGUUCUUUUGAGAAUGCUGGAUGCAAGGUUAUAUAUGUGGCCCGUAAUCCGAAAGACAGUGUGGUAUCAUUUUAUCAUUUUGACCGCAUGAAUCUAAGACAGCCAGAGCCUGGUCCAUGGAAACAGUAUCUGGAGAGGUUCAUGAAAGGACAAUUGGUAUGGGGAUCCUGGUUUGAUCAUGUGAAAGGAUACUGGAGGGAAAGGCACAAAAGGAAAAUCCAUUACAUGUUCUUUGAAGACAUGAAAGAGGACCCUGCUCGUGAAGUGACCCGGACUGCUCAAUUCCUUGGACGACAGUUAUCAGAAUCUACAAUAGAUCAUAUUGUCCAAAUGACAACUUUUUCUGUUAUGCGAGAAAACCCCAUGGCAAACUACUCAACUCUCCCAGAUACAAUAUUUGAUCGUACAGCCUCUCAGUUCAUGAGAAAAGGUGAGGUUGGAGACUGGAAGAAUCACUUUAGUGCUGAAGAGAAUGCUGCAUUUGAUGAACAUUACCAGAAAAAGAUGGAGGAUUGUCCUCUUCCAAUACGCUUCACUAUAUAAAAUAGUGAAAUGGAGUGUCUUUCAGUCCAUGAAACUUGGAUAAAAGUGUCAGCUAAAUGAAUAAAUAUAACAAUGAUGUAA